GUCCGUCUAUUUCACCUCUAAACUAUGGCUCUUUCACCCUCUAAGUUACCUAGGCUAGGUGGCUCUAAUGUUAAUCUUCGUAUCAAAGUACGCCAAGUUUCAAAGUGGAUUCCCAGCUCGAUCAGAACACUCCUUAACAUUGACAGCCUGCAGGCUCGACAAAUAGGCGAUCCCAUAUUGCGGGAGGAAGCAGAGACAGUGGACAUCACCACUAUACAUUCCCCUGAGUUCAAACAAAUGAUUGAGCGAAUGUUCAAAGUUAUGAGGAAGGCGGAAAGUUUUGGUAUCGCUGCGCCACAGAUUGGAGUUGGACUUCGCGUAAUCGUGGUGGAGUUUACUGGAAAACACAUCAAAAUGUUAAAAGACAAGGGAGCAACGGAUAAAGAACUAAAACGCCUAGGGAUUGCUUUAGUCCCACCGAAAGUUUUUAUCAACCCUGAGUACAAAACAAUUGACCCAACUCUACUUGCGUUCCGCGAGGGGUGUCUAAGUGUUGAAGGUUAUUCAGCAGUUGUUCCUCGGGCAAAAGAGAUCGAAGUUUCUGCGCUUGAUACAGAAGCUCGACCGGUCACUUGGAGAACUAUGGGAUGGCCAGCUAGGAUCAUACAACACGAAGUUGAUCACUUAAAGGGAAAUCUCUUUAUUGAUUCCAUGCUAUAUAAAUCGUUUCAAAAGAACGAUUGGAGAAAUUACACUCAGAAAUAAUACAGAUAUUAGCUCAUAUUAGUCUAGAAAGAUUUUUGUGAGCAUGCCCCCCCCCCUCCCCUGCCCCUUCCUGGACCUGGGUUUAGCUAAUUAUUACCUAAUGGGGUUGUGCUUAUAUUAGAUUCAACCCCUUUCCAAUUUUUGUUCCUCUGACAUUGUUUCACACAGACCAUGAUUUAAUGGAAAAAGUCAUACAAACAAGGUGAAAUAUUUAGUGGUUGUUUGCAGCAGUUUUCUCUCAUCCAUUCUCUGUUUGCUCUGUUUCUAGUGACAAGCAAACAAGAAACUACAAACAUGGUUACUGGUAGCCUGCCCUUACUAAGGGAAAUACCAUUUGAGACAGGGAGGGGUUUGCAAGUUUGGGGCUCUUGCUGGUAAUUUGCUUUCCACAGCAGAUUCAAGAGUUUAUUUACAGUAGUUUUAAUUUGCAGCUGUUUUUUUCUCAUUUCUCUUAAAAUAAUGGUUAGCACUGGUUAUAUAAGGACCCUGGGAGUGGAAGACUGCACCUGUGAAGGAUAGAGUUUUCAUUUUUAUUCAGAACUCAAUGGUAACUCAUUGCUUUAUAUGGAACAAGUUGGCCAAACGUUUGAGAACUGACAUCAAAUUAUGCUGUCACUGAUACAUUAACAGGCUCAAUUUAUGAAACUGUUAUUUCUCUUGUAUUCCUGUUGAUUUACAGAUGUCCAAUUAUGGAGAUGCAAAGAGGGUAUAAGAGCUGCCUACAAUCAACACUUGAGGUCCAGAUAUAUCACGGGUUUUACAACCAAACCAUCCUUACCCUUAAGUGUCAUAAGGUGGACUAGCUGCCCUCAAUCGAAAGUGUUCUGCAGUACUUCUCCAAACCCUCCUUAAUAGGUUUUAAUGGGACACCUUGUUGAAUACACUUAAGACUAAUAAAGGGUUUCACUGUCAUGUGGCCACUGCUUAACACUG